AUGGAUGAAUAUAAUAUGGUAAUUAAGUAUUUUUAGUAUAGAAUUAUAGAGAAUUAGAGAAAUUGAUAGAUAGAAUCCCUGUUCCUGAGAUUACAGUAUCUUCAAUGUCAUAAUAAUCAGAUCAACUUACUCCUUAAUCUUUGAAAAAAUAAUCCCUAACUAGAGAGCAAGUUUAAAGGAUUUUAAGAAGAACAAUAGAGUAACCUUAAUUUCCUAUUACAAAACAGAAAGUCUUAACUAUGCAAACUUUUAAUUGUAAGGAGAAUUCAAAUGAUAAAAAGAUGUUUAAAGUAAUUAAAUAAAAGGAUGGGUUAAAUAACACUGAUAUUUAGAGAUUACAAUAAUAAAUAAAAGAAUAAUAGAUAGUUAUUGCACAAUAGAUUAAAUAGAUUGGAUAAAUAAACUAAUAAAUUGAAUAUCUAACCAAUGAAUUAUAGGAUAAUUAAGAAUAAAAAUAGACUGAUGAUAAAAGGAUAUUUUAAUUAUAAAAUAUUAAUGAUUAACAAAAACAGACAAUUGAAGAUUUACGAAUUGAAUUGUCAGUUGCUAAAAGGGUUAGUUCAUAAUAAUAAAAUAAAGAAUAAGAUUCUAAGAAUUAGAUUAGUUUUUUAAAAUCAAAAAUAAAUAAUUUAGAAACUGAAAUUAAUAGAACUAGGACCACUUUUACACUUACAUCUCCUAAAAAUGAUACAAUUAUUAAUGAUGUUUUCUCAAAUAGAAUUGAUCCAGAAUUAUUAAGUGAAGAAGAAACUUUAACUUUUUUGCUUAAUUUAUUGGGAAGAGUUUCUAAGAGUUAAAGAAUGUCAUAUUUAUUAAAAAGAAAUGCUGAUUUUAAAAUGUUAAUUAGAUGUAAACUUAGUUAACCAAGCAUUAAUAAAGUUUCGAUUCUUUAAAGUAGUAAGUCUUUGUUUGAUAGAAAAUUAUCAUAUAAUCAUGAAAACUUUAAAUAAAUAAUUAAGAAUGUGGGAAUCAAAAUCUAAUGA